GUUAGACAUUUUUGGUUAAGUUAGCAAUUGAAAUUUGUCAAAGUUACUCGAACUGAACGUCACUAUACAAUGACAACCCUUCAAACGCAGCUUUUGAGUGCUUUAGGGAACAAAACAAAAUAUCUUGCGGAAUUAAAAAAAACAUUCGCGCGUCCAUUAAUACAACUUGCAGUAAAAGCAAUAGAACUGGAACACGUAGAAGAAGGUAUAUUAGAAAGAAUAAGUAAAAAAUAUAGCAUACCUGAAGAACAUGUAGAUGAAUAUUAUGCUGCUAUUCUUACAAUUUUAAAAAUAUAUCUACGUUCGCAAUGCCAUAAUAUUAAACCUGUGGAAUUUAAACAAUGCUUGGAAGAAUUGAAAUUGAAUCCAGAAUGUGUAGAAGAUUUAUCCUCUGUGAUUUAUGGUCCAAAACAAGCAGAUUUGUUAUUAGGUUUAAUUCAAAGAACAAAAUUUAAUCCACAACUUAUAUCUUGCAAAUGGCGCGUAGAUAUUACAAUCUCAUCAAAUAUAUUAAACAGAGUACUAGAACCAACUAUUAUGAUGGAAUGGAUUUUCAAUACAGGUGAAUGUGUGACUUUUGAAUUAUCUUUGGCAAAGUUUCAUCAAUUGAGACAUACUGUAGCUACCAUUCUCGUUGAGUUACAAGCACUGGAGCGGCAUAGUAUUUUUAAAAUUAUUCUGUCUAGCUGACAGUAACAAUCUAUUUUAAUUCGUUAUUAGUAGCAAUUCUGAGAUAACAGUUUGCUCGGUAAUGAUUUAUUAAUUCUAAAUUCUAAG